AAAAACGUCCCUCUCUUCGCAACAUGUACACAGUGAACAAAAGAGACCUCCAACAAGAGCUAACACGGAUAACGAAAUCAACAGUGAUUCUCAGUAUCAAAGAGGAAAUAUUCAGUGAAAUACAUAAUUUGUGAAUUUCUCCUCCCUUAUGUGUGUACAAAAAGAACUAUUUUUCUCAAAAGUUUUUUUUUCUUCGGACUGAUUAGCACUAAAAGUACAACAUUCGAUUUUGAGUGAUUAAAAGAAAUAUUUAUCAAACAUUUCGUUGUGAAAUUAAAUAAUGAAUUUCUGUUAAACACAGAAUUGUGAGAAAAUAUUGAAGGAUAAAGAAACUUGCUAAAUCAGUCCGAGUAAUCGAGAGUUGAGUUAAAUUAUUAUUUUUUGCUUCUGUGUCUGCUGACACUAUCAAAAAGCAAUCAAGUUAUUUUUAUUUAUUUAUUUCAUCAAGAAUCAUAUAAGAGACAGAACUGAACAAAUAUAUAUUAUAAUAAACUCCCAAAGUGAAGUGAAUGUAUCAUUCAACGGAGAGGUAUAUAGUAUCAAGAGGUGUUGACAAUGUGUCAUUGUGAGUGAAUUAAAUUGAUCAAGACGGAAUAUAGCGCAAAAUAAGAAGGUGUUUGACACAAAAUGAAGUGGAUAAGUGUUUGUGCUGUGAUUGUGAUAAUCGCAGGAGUAGUAAAUGAUGGUGUUCAUGCUGGCAAAGGAACCACCAUUAUUGACACCCUCCGUGAUUACUACUUGAAACUCGAAGAUGAUGCGUGGAAUGUUGUGAAUAUGGGCAAAAAUCCCGAUCGUAUCCUCCCAAUUGUAUAUAAACUAUACAAAAUGUUUGCCCUCAAAAAUAUCACCUACGAAAUGGAAGAUUACGAAUUGGUGUCCCUCGAUCGGAUCUACGAAUGGAAAUUACUUGAGAGAGAUCUCAUGAGUGUGAGGACAUUAUUUCAAAAUUUCCGUGAAGAAUUGGAAAAGCAAAAAAUGACCAAUUUUGAUGAAUUAUCCGCAACGGAUUUUGCCGAAACUGUCUUUGAGGACAAAAACUUUCCAGUUCCCCAAACUUUUGAUCAAAUUGAAAGUAUUAUGGUCAAUCAGGGAUUGUACUAUAAGGCUAUGGUGGAAGUAAAAGAUCAAGUAUGUUCGAGUCAGAAAGCAGCCCAGCAAGUGAUCUAUCAGAUGUACAGUGCCAUUUCCCUGACAGAACUCAAGGGGUAUGCAAUGAUGCAAUUCUCCUGGAUGCUCCUAAAGACAUUCGGCAAGGGAAAUUACACCCAAGAGGCCCAAUUGAUGCGACAACGCUUUGAGAAUCGUACCGAAAGGACACAGGAGCUCGUUAAGCGGGUGAUGGAACGUUCUGAGCUCAGUGUAUGGCGCUGUGAUCCCGAUGUACAUGUUGAGGGUGAAACAUAUGAGCAAUUUACGAGACUCCUUCAGGGUUACAUUGAAAAUGAAGUUGAUAUGAAUACCGAUGGGACGUGCAAAGAAAAUUGUGCAGCAUAUACCUUCACUGAGAGUCAUGGUUGCUUCAAAGAUCUCUACUGUGCCCAACAGCCACAGUGCAAGGGGAAAAUUAUCAAUUGCACCUACGUUGAUUCAGACAUGUGGAUUUGUCCAUCGAAAUUGCACACAAAUCGACGCUAUGAGUACAUUCGGUAUGAAAAUGGACGUGUAUUGGGUGAGGAAAGUACUUGCGUACGUGGAACAACCAAGGUCGAUUCUUGGUGGCGUUGGCUCUUCUGGCACUGCAGCUACUGCUUCUGUCUAUGCGACGAGCAAGGCUACAAAUCCGACAGAUAUUUCAAUCUACGCGAAACUGUGUCUGACAUCGACAGAAAUAAGGUCAUCGUAGGGGUACGUUUCAGGAAGGUAAACCGCAUUAUGCACCUUCAAAUUCAACAGGGUGAACUCCUACCACGUGGCGUCAUUAAUGCUUCAACAGUUGAAUGGAAAGCAGUCAAUGACUACCGCUUAUUGGAUUCAGGACUAAAGAAUGGUGUCGAUUACCACACAAUGGAAUGGAAUAAGCGUGCAAUUGAUCUAGAUGACCUACAAGCAAAUCCUGGGCAUGUUGUAACAGGCGUCAAAUUCCGCAGUAUUGGCCCACGUGUGAAUCUCGAAAUACGUGUUCAGGAAUUCAAUUUUGAAACUGGGAAAUUGGAUAAUGUUGGCGUUUGGAUAUCUAAUGAUAACACCGAAGUAGGGACAAACCAAAGAACUCGAAUUUAUUUGAGAAAUCCCGAUGUUCCCACAAAAGGCAAAGCCCGCUCACAGGUUGAUUCAAAAACAAAUCAAUUCAUUGAAUUCACCCACACCGAUAUGGAUGCAGAUGCAGCCCAAACAACUGUACCCUUCUUAGAUGCUCAGGACGUUGUAUCCGUACCACCAGUACCCCUAUCAGGAAUUGGUAUCUACCACAAAGGUCUCCCACUCUCAGGUGGUUUUGUAGCACCCAAAUUAAUCGUCUACAAUAUGGCACAACAUGUCUACACACCAAAACCAGGACAGGAGGAUCUUUGGGACACAUACGGCUAGGUCCAACCACUCAAUUACUUUUUAUUUAAGCUCAAAUACGUUAUUUAAGCAAUAGCAUUCCCAUAUAAGGAAUUUUAUACGUCAAACUUUAUCAAAAAGCAUUAACUUUUCAACAUGAUAUUUAUGUCAAAAUACGUGGGGAGUUUGUCGAUAAAUUUCCGUGAAAAAAAAAAUUUUUUUAUUAAUAACAUUCCCACGUAAUAUUUCUUUUUUUGGCAAACUCUUUAAAACAUCAAGAGAAAAACAAGAAAGAAAAAUGAAUGUAAGAAAAAAGGAGAAAGAGUAUAAAGUUUAUAAUUUUGAUUUGUAAAUUGCAUUUUAGGCAACAAACUUCAAUGUGAAUUGUAAAAGAUUAAUAAAAAAAGUGAAAUAUUAAGUGUAAUUUACUCGUAAAAAAUUGUAACAGUGAAUUUAAUAAAUGUAUAAUUUUAAUAAUCUGAA